AUGUCCACCCCCCGUGCCACCCGUUCGCGCACCGCCACCCCCCUCUCCGUCCGUACCCGCUCAACACCGCAGGCUUCCGCGCCACCUUCCCAUCACCACAAGACUGCCGACGAGCUCGCUUUGGAAGAAGCCGCUUCUCUCCUCCACACCCCGACGACCGCCCGCCUUAGAAGUACCGGGAGUGAUGAGGUGCUAGACGGGGGAAGUGCGAGAGCGCUGAGACAUAGACGGUUAAAUGAAGUGAGGCAUGAAGGGGACGCUGUCAGGGAGAGGAGUAAGAGCCCGCAAAGGGACGAAAGGAGGCACUCUGAGGCCCCUUCCACUGCGGAGACCGAGGUGCGGGAAAAUGAUGGUGAAGAGAAGGAUAAGCAGGCGACGACGCAACAGGGUUCAGACACUGGUGACGAAGAUGAUGAGGAGGCGUCCAUGGAGUUGCCAGGGAUGUCUGGUAUCUCGGAGGCUACUGCAAGUGUCGCCGGGGAUGAAGAGGAGCAGGAGGAUGAUGAGCCAGUGUCUGCCGCGCUGUCGACAGGCCGGAUAUUCUCUCAGCCCAGGCAGGAGGUGGAAUUUGGCGAGGCAAUGUCCGCGUCCGGAUCCGAAACGGCGUCCGCUGGUAGCAGCUCUUCAGAGGCUGCAAGCGACUCUGAUUCAGAAUCUGAUUCGUCAGAAGACUCUGAAAGCGAGUCUGAGAGCGAUGAUGACGAUCAGAUGGAACGUCUCUUGCAAGCGGCUCGAGAUGCGGCGGCUACCAAGGCCGCGAGUGGCAACAAACAGGGAGAAGACAGGGCGGAGGCAGACGGCGAGGUUGUUUUGCAAUUCGACAAGGACCAGUUCGAGAAGAAGGAGGCUCCUAUACCCGAUCUAUCCAUCGCCAACCUUCCCAAAACCCACCUUUCGUUCACGAAAGAAGGCCAGGCCAAGGCUACCAUCCCCGUGCCAUCUGUCGCUUCAUCAUCUGCCGGUCCCUCCAAACGCGGUCCCACAUCUAACAAAUCUCAGGAGCUGGAUGACCGUCCUUAUGAGCCUCAAUUGAGCAAGAAGGAGAAGGCCCUGCAACCGCGCAAAGCAACCACCUCUGAGCUGUGGUCGCGCAUCCCUGCGCCUCGCGCCGACAUUCUGCCGCAGAUGAAGCGCGACUACCAAGCAUUGUCCCUUGCCAACAGCCUGGACCCCAAGAGGUUUAUGAAGGGCGGAAGCAAGAACGACAAGGCCCCCGAGUCGUUUGCUAUCGGUACAAUGCUCGAGACUUCCCGCCGUGUCCGCGACACUACGCUCACCAAAGAGCACAAAUAUCGACCGGGGCAGGUGGUACAAAACAUCAUUCGCGACAACGAUAUGGAAGGGUACGCCAAGAGAAAGUACGGGGAUCUGCAGUCGUCGAGGAUGGAGAAUGGGCGCGGCAAGGGGUGGCAGAAGAGGACCAAGUGGUGA